AUGGGCCGAGGUCUGCGCAGUCUGCUCUCGGAGGCGAACUCGCGUCCGCCAAUCCGGCCCGCCGCCUCCACCUCGCAGACCGGCUGUCGAGGCGAGGCGACCCCGUCGGCGGGAGCCACGACCGCCAGCGUCGCCGGCCUCGAACCGAGGGGCCUACAAGUGCUGGCGCCCAACAAGUUCCUGCUCGGUCGAGUCGCCUCCAACGACGACAUUUGCAUUCGCACCGAGACUCCAUUUGCCUUUUCCAUCGCCUCCACCGGCCACGACAUUUGCAUCACCAAAGUGGCUUCUGCCGACGACCUGAACCCGGCCACCGGCUCCGACACCACCUCGGCCGGGGUACGUACCGGCAUUCCCGUCUCGUUGCGGCUCACCUUCGACUCGGCGCCUUGCGUCAACCAUCAACUCGCCGCUGCAGCCUCCGGCCGGCCGCCGGGUCUCGGACGUCUCGGACAGAUCCGUUGCCAUGACGGCGACGCAGCUGCUGGCCGACCACGGGCCGGUUGCUAUCGGACCAUCUACCAUGUCGACAUGCCGUCGGCGCCGAGUCUGUCGAACCGAGGCGCCGGGGAGUCGAGCUCCGGCGCUCUAGUGCCGCCCCAGACCGACGGUCCGGUGCGCACCAGACCGAGACGAAUGUUCGGCGGCGACGGCCUGCGCUACAGCAUGCCCUGUAUCUCGUAUCGGGCCGACCCUCCCCCCGCGAUGCCGAUUCACAUGCCGCCCGCCUAUGCCGGCGGUUGUCUACUCGGCCUGGCCAGGCGACAGACGCAGGCCAACUGUACCCCCGGGGCCGGGGGCAGUGGUGGCUGCAACGGGAUUGGCAGCGGCCUCGGUGCCACUCGAGUUGGCACCGGCGAGUCUACCGGAGGGGACAACACAUCACCGGCGGCAGCCAACACGACGAGUGCAAUUGAAACUCCCCAACUCAUCUCGAGCGAAUUGCACGCGCUGCUCUCC